GACGAGGAGCCAGGGGACCCGGAGGAGGAGGAGGAGGAGGAGGCAGAGGAGGAGGGGGAGGAGGAAGAGGAGCCGGACCCCGAGGCCCCCGACCACGGCUCUCUGCCUCGGUUCGUGCCGCGCUUCAACUUCACCCUGAAGGACCUGACCCGCUUCGUGGAUUUCAACAUCAAAGGGCGCGACGUGAUCGUGUUCCUGCACAUCCAGAAGACCGGGGGCACCACGUUCGGCCGGCACCUGGUGAAGAACAUCCGGCUGGAACAGCCAUGCAGCUGCAAGGCGGGCCAGAAGAAGUGCACCUGCCACCGGCCCGGCAAGAAGGAGACCUGGCUCUUUUCCCGCUUCUCCACGGGCUGGAGCUGCGGGCUGCACGCCGACUGGACGGAGCUCACCAACUGCGUGCCGGCCAUCAUGGAGAAGAAAGACUUUCCCCGCAACCACAGCCACACCAGGAAUUUCUAUUACAUCACAAUGUUGCGUGAUCCAGUGUCCCGUUACCUGAGCGAGUGGAAACAUGUCCAGAGAGGAGCCACGUGGAAAACCUCCCUCCACAUGUGUGAUGGGAGAAGCCCCACCCCCGAUGAGCUACCUACCUGCUACCCGGGGGAUGACUGGUCUGGGGUGAGCUUGCGAGAGUUCAUGGACUGCACCUACAACCUGGCCAACAACCGCCAGGUGCGCAUGCUGGCGGACCUCAGCCUGGUGGGCUGCUACAACUUGACUUUCAUGAAUGAGAGCGAAAGAAACACCAUCCUGUUGCAGAGCGCGAAAAACAACCUGAAGAACAUGGCCUUCUUUGGGCUCACAGAAUUCCAGAGGAAGACACAGUUUCUCUUUGAGAGGACAUUCAACCUCAAGUUCAUCUCUCCCUUCACACAGUUCAACAUCACGCGGGCUUCCAAUGUGGAGAUCAAUGACGGUGCUCGCCAACGCAUUGAGGAGCUCAACUUCCUGGACAUGCAGCUUUAUGAGUAUGCAAAAGAUCUCUUCCAGCAGCGCUACCACCACACCAAGCAGCUGGAGCACCAGAGGGACCGGCAAAAGAGGAGGGAGGAGCGGAGGCUGCAGCGGGAGUCGAGGAGCCACCGGUGGCCCAAAGAGGAUGGGAACACAGAGGGGGCCGUCACCGAGGACUACAACAGUCAGGUGGUGAGAUGGUGACCCCCUGCCUCUCCUCCCUGUGGCGUUACCUUGGAGACUCUUGGGCCAUUCUGAGGGCAUCUGGCUGUAUGUGGCCGGAGGUGGACACCUGCUUCCUCUUUUCCUUCACCUUUAUCCAGCUGGAGAGGGUCGGUCUUGUUCUUUACUUCCUGACAUUUGCCAAUCUGUGAUAUGGAGGAGGGUAGGAAUGCAUCCAGGAUACACCGCUUCAGAAGGUCAAGGAGAGAAGCACCAAAAAGGAAACAGUGUCCUUGCAAUCUCCUUGGCACAGCACAGGUGACACUCUGGGUGACUGGACCCCCAGAGGCAGACAUGAAAAGCCAAACCGUGGCUUGGAUGUUCUGCUGAAACUGGUCUGUUUCAUACUGUCUCUGUAAUGGAAAUAUUGGUUGGUUUCAAGAGAGAGAGAGAGAAAGAAGUCCCUCUCAGCCCUUUGAUAAGGUUUUAGGCCAUCUCUAACUUUGCUGUUGGCUGUCAUCUUUGAACUCUGUUUGAAUGGGGUUUAAAUCAGAAGAAGAGAAAUGUGUUUUGUUGCCGUCUUUUAAAACAGGAUUAUCCUACUAUUGACCAUCACUAGAGACUCACAUCCGACAAAGCCCUGCAUCCCAGCCCUGAGCCAUGUUUCCUUCCCCACAUCUUAGGGAACUGCAAGUGGAUUCAGGUCCGGGUGCCCGUGGCCCCUGAGACAUGAACGUUGGUGGGGCAUUUGGGAGAAAAUGUCUUAUUAACUAAUGCCUAUGGAGAGAACUCUUUACCAAGUUGUAUUUUCAAUGUAAGGAAUGAAUGAUAAGGGGGCCUGGGGGGAAGCUGGAGGGUAGAUACAUGCCUACCAUUUCCAAACUGGCUACAGACCUCAGGUGUAUGUUUUUUUUAAAGAACAUUUCCAAGUUUUAUCUCUUUGGAACAGUCAUCUUCUCUGAUAUGGUACUGCCAGGUCUGAAAUUCUACUAUCACAGAGGGAAAGACAUUUGAAAAGAAUUUGGCUUGAAGAAUACGAGCUUACGGUAGCUAUCAGUUAUAUAAAACAUAUUUGAGGUCCUUAAAUAAAUAAUAAUUUUGAUUUAGGCCAGGAGAUACAGAACACAAUGGUGCGAUUAUCCUGGGAGUUUAAAAAGACUCUACCUCCCCAAAUUUAAAUAUUCCUAGCCAGAUAACUUUUUUCUCCCCACAUGGUCUUUGCCUGUUGUUAGAUUCUGGCUACAGCUGGCGCUGGCUGGAGUGUAUAAAACUGAACCCCCCAAAAUGCACAGCAUUGCUGAAUGUUUCUUAUUUUCACCUUUUCCCAGUCACAACUAUGAUAACACCAUGCUUUUGAAUAAUAGGGGGAGAAGUAUGGGAGAGGACAUGGCGAUCCCUUGACUACCUACCAAUCGGUUAGGAGGAUCAGAGUGAGUAGUAAGUUUCACAAUAGAUUUGUCUGAUCAAUCCCCUCAAGGAGCUGAAGGCAAAAUGAGGGAAACUCCUAAAUCAGAUUGAAAAGCCUACUUCAUUGAUAUCCAACAUGUUUGAUGUUUAAGCUAGCUUUGUAUAAGCCACAUCUCAUCCUCCGGAAUACUCUCUCUGGGGUUGAGAGUCAAUCAACCCAGAGGCAUUCAUGGAUCGACUGCCUGCACGGAGGAAAGCCUGGUGCUUCCAUCAAAGGGAGGCCUAGAAAAAUCACAUAGACUCUUCUCUCACGACCCUUGGCUUCAUCUGUCAUGUGACGGAAGGCGUUUUGGGGGACCUCCCUUUUGCCAGGAACUGUGGGAGGCCCUUUUCAUACUUUAAAUCUAUUCACAACCAGGUAUAUAUUAUUAGUCCCAAUUUCAUAGGUGAGUAAAGUGAAACCCACUGACAAAAUGUAGCUUUCUCCUGACCUGUAUGCUAGGUCUGGCUGACUGCAAAGUGCAGUCUCUUUGGACUCCAUCGUGAUUUCCAUAUGGGAUAAAAGCUUUCAGCCAACCAUGCAAGAAUCCAGCCAUUAUUGCCCAGAAGUAUAUGCCUCUAUCCCCUAUGGGUGACACAACUGGGACAGCAACAAGGUGGCAGUGACCCAGAGCCAUGGGGCCUUGGGUGAGUCCAGCCCUCUCCACAUCAAUAAACUGAGAGAUUGAUGACUUUUUAGGCAAUUUUACUUUGUCAGCCAUUCAUGAGGGUGAGUUAAAGGGGCCAAGUAAAAAUUGCUCAUUAUUUGGUGGAGAUUAGGCUCACAAAAUAUUAAUGUUUUCUUUUCUGAUGAUUUGUUCCUAAGGUAGGGAGGGAAGCAGAUUGCAGCUGGGAUUAAUGAGAAGCUCGCUCUCUCUUCACAUUUUGAUGUUAACAUCUAAUGUUCUGCCCAGGAUGGCCGAUGGCAGGUCUGCAAAUUACCCUCUGCCUGCUAUUGUCACACACACACACACACACACACACACACACACACACACCCCACAAUGAUAAUCUAGUCUUUUGUCAUGUGGAAAAUCAAACCAAGUUCGAAAGCAUUCAGGUUGUUUCCUUUAAACUCACUUUAAAUUUUUGGCAGGGAAUUCGUGCAUAGCUGAGACUUGGAGGCAGCCUCUGCUAACUUCACACUGCUCCUUAGGCACCUCGGGAUUGAUAUCAAAAAGCGUUCAUGGCCUUGCUGCUAAAGGCGUGAUGUAUGGUGCUCCACUGGAGACCAGCUAUCAGGAUGUUCAGAGGAGAAACCAUCUCUUCGUGUUGGCCCGAGGCCAGUGCUGAGCAAAUUAAAAAGACCGACAAGGGCUUUCUCCUUCAUAUCAUUUCAUUCCAAAGCAGCACACUUGUCAUAUCCCUGGGGGCCUAUGUUGAUAGAAACGAAGAGGUGGGGAUGUGGUUUGUUCUCUGAAAAUUGACUGCACACCUACAUGCUGAGUGAAGCUCGGGGAAGCGAUGCCAAUAAAAGGCAUGUGGGCCUAAGAAUCCAGGGGAAGUUGUCGGCCUUCAGAUCCCAAACCAAAUCAAUUCCAGAUACAUUAGUGUUAAAAGAGGGAGAAAGAGAGGGAGAGAAGGAGAGAGAGAGAAAGAGGGAGAGAACAAGACAGAGAAUUCCCCAGGGAGUGCCACAUCCUAUUAACUCCUGCAACUCUGAGGUAGACAUUCCUUUCCUUCUCUCAGCAAUGGCAGCCCCAGUAAUGAGACUGGGAUUAGAUGUCUGUGUGUGUAUCUGUGUAUGUUUAAAUUAUUAUUAUCAUUAUUAAGGACUAAGGAGGCUAUUCUGCCUCAUUUAUUGGCAGCCUCCUCUUGGUAACUGGGGAAAACCUGCCCUGAGAAUUAUCUGGAUCCCCUUUAUAAUAAUUAAUAUCAUUAGCAAUUAGUUUUAGGCAGCAGUUAAAGAUAUCACAUGUGCUAUUAAAUUUAUAAAAAGUUUUUUAUCAUCUAAAGGAGGUAACUGUCACAAAUAGUUUGAUCAAUGGUUUGAAAAAUGAGGAUUUGUUCAAAAGUCUGUCUAGAGAUAGUAUAUAGUAUGGGAGAGAAGGUCUACCAGAUAGACCUGGCAAGGAGGUGAGGUGAGCAUAGAUCAUAAAAAUAAUAACUAUAAGUAGUUUAUUGGAUAGGUUUUCCAUUUGGCUGAUUUAACAAAGAAACUCAAAAUGUUAGUGACUUCAAUAAGAUGGAAGAAUUGUUCUCUCGCUUAAAAGACAAACUGGUUGGAUAACUGGUGUGUGACAUUACCAGAAACCGAGGCACUCUCUUGCUCUCUUGUCCUAAUGUGCAGAUUCCAUCUCCUGGCCCAAGAUGGCUGCUGCAGCUCCUGCCAUCUCAUCUACAUUUAAGACAACAAAGAGGGGACAUGGAAGGAAGUUGCACAUAUCACUUAUAGCCACAUCUUAUGGGCUAGCACCUAGCCAUUAGCUACAUUUAGCAAAGAAAGGCAUAAAAUGCCUUUAUUAUUGGUUGCUAUGUGCCUUGAUAUGAAGGUCCUAUGAUUUAAUGAAAUAAUGUAAAAAUUAAUACUGAUGAAACUAUUAGUCUCUGACACAAAGGGGAAUUAACAAAUACAUCCAGUGCUUUUUGAUGUCAUCUAUAUGGUCAUAUGUUUUACAAUAGAUAAGUUUAAAUUCAUAACUUUAUAUAGCACUUAAUGUUUUUAAAAACAUUUUUACCUUUAGUAUCUCAUUGAUCUUCACUACAUUCUUAUAUGUUAAAUAGGACCUCUACACAUUACCCAUUAGAUAGUUUGACAUGGAAAUUCAGAGAUGUCAAGAGAUUUCCCAAAGAUUACAGUUUACUAACAAGGAAGUUGCUCAGAGCCCCAGUCUUUUGACUUCAAGUCUUUCCUACUAUUUUGUGCUGCUUAGCAUCAGAUUUAGGGUUGGGAAUUGAAAAAAUAUGAAUCUAAACCUUUAUUGAUUUAUAUCUUCCCUUACCUUUUCAUGGAACUGCAGUGACUUAGAUAAUGCCAAGGAGACUGGCAGAGUUGGCCCAUAAGCCCCUGCGUCUAGUGAGGGAGCCUGUUAAUAGGAGUGAAAUGGCCAAAAAACUGUCAGUGCUGCAGGGGCAACUGAAAAGCACAGGCACUCAAACACUUCUUGCUCAUCUUCACCCCAUCCAAUCCCAAAACCACUCAAGGACAAGGCUGAGGGGAUGUGCUUACACCUCCUUAGGGAAGCUCAGUGUUAGAAAUACUUACAAUCAGCAGCAGCCUCAAUGCUGAAGCUUAAGGGGUGAUCAAUAGAACCCCUGCUCUAAAAAUUUACUUUCGUCUCUACCACUUCCCCAGGUCCCUAGAAUUUUAUCAGCAACUUAUUUUUUUGGUUCCUAAAGGUUUUUUAAAUUAUUUUUUUUUCAGUGAUUCCCUUUGCACAUUUGCUAGAGAGAGGACAUGCUUUAAGCUGUCAUAAGCUAACACCUUCACACAGAAUGUUUAUCUGGCCUCUAGCUCAGAAGAAGGUCCUAUGUAAUAGGAUCAUGUGUGUGUGGGGAGUGGGGGGUUAGGGAGACUGGGAAUAAGCAUAGAAAAAAAAGUAGAGCUCCUAAAAAGGAAGCAGACCUUGUAAAGGUGGAAAGAUGAGGAAUUAAAUAUGUGCCAGAUAAUACUGAAAAAUAGAAAAUAACUAAUAUGCAGCUUCUGUCCUCAAGAACAAGAGCAGUCUGGGGACUGUAAUUCUUUUGGCCAUUUAAAAGGGCAGAAAAGGACAUGAGGCUCAUGAGACAGGACAAGAGCAUGGGGAUAGUUUUAGGGGCUGAAAUAAAGACUGAA